AUAGGCGGUGACCGUCAGUAGAGCGCGAACCGCCGGAAGACUCGGUCGAGCCGUUCACUGGGCCUUCUUGUAGCGUCGUGCAGUGGUGCGCCUCUUUAUCUCUCUCUCUCUCUCUCCCUCUGUCUCUCACUCCAUAUCAAUUUUGUCGGAGCGCAAGUGAUUACGGACGGGGUUUAUUUAUCGUCACGGCUGGUCGAAUCAUCGCUCAGUCUGCACGCGACCGAGCAGCAAGUCGGACGCUGCUAAAGCCGAGCGAGUCGGACUACUCACAGUGCCACUACAGCCACAGAAGCUUAUCUCUGUGGUCACGCCCGCUCGCGAUUGUAUACACACGAACGAGAGGAGACGAGUUCAGCAUUUGCCAAGUUCUCUGACGCUGCCACCGCCGCCGGUCACCGGCUUUCUUCGCGCCUCGCGUUCCGAGUCUCUCGUUGUACGCUACGUAAAGCUUGAAGCUAUCGUCGCUGUUAACGCUGCCGCCUGUACUCACAACUGCAGCUUUACAAUACCUAUAUACUUGUACCUAUACGUGUAUAUUUACAACGGCUUGUAUAACAGUUAUUGUGUGCGUGCUACGAGUAGUCCAUAGCAGACGACGCCUGACACUCCUUUGGCCGUUGUUUUUCUCGCCAAUUUGCGUGCUGUUGCAUCCUAUACAGCUUUAUUAAUCUUGAGAAAAGCCAUUCGAUGCCAGUUUCAGCUUCGUUUGCCAGAGCUUCUUGAAGAGGAAUCCUUUACGUACAAACGGAAUUACGAUCCGACAAGAUACUCGCUCGAUCGGUGACUCUUUGUAUAGAUGCAAAAGCACAGCUAACACUGGUGGAGCAUCGUUCUUUCCUCGAUAUAAACUACGAUUAAUUCAACUGGAAUAUAACGUUUCAUCGUCGACCAACUGCAAGCAGAAAUAAUUCAAAAUGCCAGACGCAUUUACGAACUUGGUUAACGGCUACAAGGAUAUGAUGUCGAAUCAGUCCGAUCCUAGAGUAAAGGAUUGGGCAAUGAUGAGCAGCCCAUUUCCGACUGUAGCGAUCUGCUUGGGCUACGCCUACUUCAGCAAAGUACUAGGGCCAAAAUUAAUGGAAAACAGAAAACCCUUCAACCUGAGGCGUAUUCUCAUCUUUUACAAUCUUGCGCAGACCAUCUUCUCGACGUGGAUAUUCUAUGAGUACUUGAUGAGCGGAUGGGCGAGAGGUUACAGCUUCAGAUGCCAACCUGUCGACUACACAGAGAGCCCAUUGGGACUUCGCAUGGCCGCUACAUGCUGGUGGUACUACUUCAGCAAAUUCACAGAGUUCUUUGAUACGCUCUUCUUCAUUCUGCGAAAAAAGAAUCAACACGUGUCGACUUUGCAUGUCAUCCACCAUGGCAUCAUGCCCUUCUCCGUCUGGAUGGGACUGAAGUUUGCCCCGGGUGGUCACUCCACGUUUUUCGCCCUUCUUAACACCUUCGUGCACAUCGUGAUGUACUUCUAUUACAUGAUCGCAGCCAUGGGCCCAGAAUACCAAAAGUACAUCUGGUGGAAGAAGUACCUCACCACCUUCCAAAUGGUACAAUUCGUAGCCAUCAUGACUCAUCAAUUCCAAUUGCUCUUCACCGAGUGCGACUAUCCACGCACUUUCAUGAUCUGGAUUGGUCUGCACGGUCUCCUUUUCCUAGGUCUCUUCUCGGACUUCUACAAGACCAAAUACACCGGAAGCGACAAGAAAAGGAAAGGCGGCUCAGCUGUCACGGCCAACGGCAAAAGCAACAACGGAGCUUGCAUGCCCGUGCUCGAGGACGACGAAUCGAAGAAGAACGGAUUCAACGGCACCUAUCCCAAGAUCAAGGAGUACAACAGUUGUUACAGCAAUGGCGUCAACAACGGUUACGUAGCCAAUAAUAAUUCGAACGAGAAGAAGGUGGCCUAGAAAAAAUGUGCGCCGUCGCCGAAGCCAUUGCGUCGUUCGCGUUUGUACAAAAAGACGUUUUUAAGAGACGUUGAUAAACGUUGAUCGUUACACAUCAAUGAUAUAUUAAAUGAUUAAAAGAAUAUAGUGUGCGCAGGUUCAAAUGUACGCAAUUUUUCGUCUCGUGCCUGCCUACAAGACAUACCCGUACGGAACACCUUAAUAUACAAGCACUGCUUAGGGACCUACAAUGUGUGUGCGGUUACCUUUAUACAUAUUAUACAUAUUUAUAUAUAUAUACUACAAUUAUAUAACUGUUUAUAGUUCUUUUUUAAACAAAAAAAAAACAUAAUUUUUUAUAUUUAAUUCUGCUGACUUUCACUGGGGUUGUUACCUCGUUAGGAUUGCGAUGGCGAUUUUUUUCGCGUCCUCUAGAUUAGUCUGGUUUUUUUGUCUUGUUGAAUCAAUUAUAUUCGAAUGCUCCUUUAGGAGAUCGUUGUUGUUAGUCAUCACGAAUCCGAGGAGAUAACCCCACUGAGACUCAACGACGUUGUAUCGUUCGUUUCGACGUUUUUCUUCUCUCGAUUCACAAUCGAAGUGUUAAUGGUGAGUGUGGCUUGGCAUACUAUAAUUGAGAAAAUCUGUUCUAUAUGGAAUUGACGACAUCGAAUCGACGGACGACGAUCUGUUGAUCUGACGAUUUGAAUCUUUAUGGUUAAAGUGGUUUUGAUUACAGUUAAAUUAUGGGUCCUGUACUUGUUAUUUAAUAGCACUGUAGAAUUUCGAUGCCGGAAAAGAACUGCUCGAAACGAUUGUAUCAAUCGAUUAUUUGGACAAUUGUGUAAGAGUAACUUCAAAUUUCACAAUAAAUUCAACGGGAUAAAAUAGUACUAUAAAGCUCAUUCAAGGGUUGAAAUUUUCGGUUAUUAGUAAAAAAUCGUGAGAAAUAUGUAAAGACGAAAUAAUGAUACUAUCAAUGACGCUGUUGAAUCAGUGUCCAUAAAAUUGCGUCUGAUCUUAGUAAUUGUUAAAUCUUUGUAGAUCAUCGGCAUACAUUUUUAUCAAUUAUAUUUUGAUAUAAAUCUAUUUGUGAUCAGAUAUGAUUCAUUAUGAACAAAUCUAAUCUCAAGCUUCAACAUUUCAUAGAUGUGAGGCAUGAACGAACAAAAUGUCGUGUUCAACAAUAUUCUAAUAUUUACUACUAAGACUAUUCUUAAAAUUGUGAUUAAUAAUUUUACGAUUGUAUAAAUUCAAAAUUAGAUUUAAUAAUAAUACCUUAAAGUUUGAUAUAUUGUAAUCAAAUAGAAUCGUUGUAAUUAGCGAUAGUUGUUAAGUGGGAAUCACUCGUCGGUCUGUAGUGAACAACCAUAAUGAAUAAUCAAAUUUGUAUAUCUCCUGCAUAAACUAGCCACACUCCCAUGCAUAAUGUGCGUCGUAUAUACUUUUCACAAUACUGGCUAUACGUAUGUACUUUUACGUUCAUUCUUGAAUUACACUUAUUUCUUAAUCGGUUUGUAACUGUGAGUGCCUGUGCGAGUGUGUUCUAAAUUCGUGCGCCAGUUGAAUAUAUAAAUAUUAUAUAUUAUUAUAUAUUAUAUCAACUAUAAAUAUAUGAUACAUAUUGGUAAUAUUUGAGUGUCUGCAUCUAUUAAAAUAUGCGCGUGCUCUGUAACUCUUAGCUUAUUAAGUGAUUUAUCAGAUAAAUGUGAGCGAUUUUCGCAAAUAUCAAAGUAUUCGCAUUGAAGAGAAAAAACGACGAUGAGUUAAGAGUUCUGUUUGAUUUGUUGUGUUCAUAUUAAGAAACUGAAUUUAAACAUAAUCAUACUUCUGAGAAAUAAGUUUAUUUUUUUUUAUAUACGUGAAUGCUCUUUCAGCUUUUCCAUUUUCCAUCAUACGUAAUAAUGCUCUCCCGGAUACAACAUUUUUUGUAAUUUAUCGAAGAGUGUAUGAAAAAAAAUUCCAGAAUGUAUUGAUUUUUUUACAAGUCGCUAAAUGUAAAAUCUUUAAUUUUUUAAUUGUUUUCAAUAUUAAUUGAAUCGAGAAAUAAAUCUAGGUUCGAAGACUACUGAAAAUUAGAUGAAUUUUAUCAAAUCUUUAUACAUUAUUUAAUAUCUGUAAAAACGACUUUUGUAAGCAUAAUUGUAAUUUAAGUUAUUUUUCAUAAAGUAGGCAAAAUAAUAAUUUUUUAAAUAAAGUUUUUAAAUUUAUUUAUAUAAUUGACCAUGAUUGUUGGAUUGCUUUUUCAAAGUUUGUUUAACUUGCUUAAAACUCUGAAAAUCGACCAUUGUUUAAAAGUAAUGAAUAACAUUAAAAAAGAUUUUAAAUGAAAAUCUCAAUGGUUUUGAGUAAAAGUAAGAGAGAAGUAACUGCGAUCAAUAAAAAAGAAUACACCAUUACGAUCAUGAUAAAAAGAAGCGAAAAAUCUUCAGGUGGACCUAGACCAUUCAUGUAUAUUAUUAUCACCAUUUAUUUUGUCAUUAAAAAAUAAAGUAAAAUCAGUCUUCGUUGUAAAUACAUUUUCAAGCUGACAAUGUCAAUUAAUGAAAACAUUAUUGACGGUUCUUUUCAUAAAUUGAUGGUGUACAACAAUCUUGAUUAAUGGACUGAAUUUUUGUCAAGCACAAGAUAGAAAAUAUCCAUUAAAGUAGCAUGUGAUAGAUUUUAUAUUAAUCUCGUUGUCUAUUGAGGAAUUGACUUGAUAUUAGAUUUCAAACUCGCUAAUGUGUGCAUAAUAUAAUGUAUAAACGUCAUCUUAUCAACCACAAUCCAAGAGUUUGUGAUGUAGCACAAAAUUUUUUGUGAAUUAGAGAAAAAUUCAAGUAAAUAGAAUUUUAUAUUAACCAGAUCAAUUGAAUGAAAAUCAGUGCGUUUGGCCCUGAGUUCAUAAACUAGUUUGAAUUUUAUUAAAACAGAAUGAUCAUUCAUAUGUUCGAGCUACUCCAGUUGAAAGUAAUGUUUUUGGGUUUGUGAAGAAAAUGAAAUUUUUACUUUCUGCUUGAGAAUUCACAAAAAAUACAUACACCUUGACCUCUUAAAAAGAAAGCUUCACUUCACAUUUUUAUCAACCUCAGAUGUUAAUAAAACGUGUUAUAAGACUUUUCUUUUUCAUAUACCGUUGCAGAUGCCGAAAUACAUUUACAUGAACUUUUUAAAAAGAAAAAAAUUGAUUAAUAUCUUGCUUGAGUUCUCAUCUUUAUUUCAAAUAUACGUACUUUGAUGUUACAUGCGUUACAAAUAAUUGCUAGUAACAUGUAAAUGACCGAUGAAAUUUAAUUAACAUUUAUAGAGUUUACAUUUUACCGAGAAAAAUUUAAUUUCGGAAUGAUAACUAUAGCCAAGAUAAAUAUAAAAAAUAUAUAUAUAUUUAGUCUUAUAAAAAGCUAUACAAAAAAUAUGAAUGUUGAUAAAUAGUAAUGACCGAUUUUUAUUAUAUUUUUGUACAUAAUUAUCACAAACAAGAAAAAUUUUAAGAGCUCCAUUCGUGUGAAAAAUAAAUAUAUCAUAUGAUGAAUAAAUUCCCGCCCGCAGUGUAAUAAUUGUUGCUUUCACACCUAGGCUACAUGAUUUUCAUAAAAAUAAAUAAAUACACUUAAUUUAUUGAGCUAUCUCGAAUAGCAACAACAAAAAAUGAGAAUUAAUUGUGAAUGGCUGAAAAGCAAAUAUGAAACAAUGUCAAUCGCGAUGUUACAAUAAAUCUCUAUCUUUCUUUGUAAACGCAUCUCCUUUUUAUAUUAUUAUAUUAACUGUAUUUGUAUAUGUGAAAAGCGCAUUUCUUAACAAAUCAAAGACUUGUAAAUUUUUCCUUGACGACGUUCUUCUAAUAUAUAUUGUAAAAAUGACGAGAAGAAAGUUAUAGCUUUAUUGAAUGUCAGAAGUAACAAUUUUAUAUAUAAGACGUUUAAUUCGUUAUACAUCUUUCAAACGAAUAAAUAAAAUUUAAUGAAAAAAAAA